UAAAAUAAAAUAAAAACGUUAAAACACCGCAGUUUUUUCUACGAGUAAACCCCGAAUACAGUGACUGAGUGACCGACGACUGAUAGAAGCGGACACGGCGCUGUAGAGGCGGAGUAGCGGUGGGCGGUGAAAGCGGUUGAUUGAUGAUUAGAUUUACGGUGUGGAUCACGGCUGGGAGAGAGGAUGACUCACUCCGUCUGAUGUGAUGUUCACCCCGCAACAGCUCGGCAGUGCGGAGGCACGCCGGUAGUUCAGCCUGACAUAUAGGUAUGCUCUACCGUUACAAGUCAAACUUUAGCAAACACUUGAGAUGCGCUUGGACAGCCCUCAGAUUCGGGCUUUGUUUCAAACUUGAGCGGCUGUCACUCGCAGUUAGGAAGACACCGAGCGUCGUGAUUUACCGUAAAUUUCGUGACGCCUGAUUGCCAUGGAAACAGGGCUCCUGAGCUGAAAGGAAACUGUCCGCGUUAUAACUUCAGCAUCAACCUUUCCAACGAGGUCGCAGAAACCUGUUGGAUACAUCACUGUUUUUUCUUUUCUUUUGUCUCUGCUCUGGCUUUACUUUCCACCACGAAGCAGGUGAAGACCAUGGAGCUUCAAACAGAGAAGAGGUUCCACAAUCUGACCCUGGAGCAAGUUCGGGCUCUUGACAAAGUCUUGACUGAGGUAAUCCCUAUCCAUGGGCGAGGAAAUUUUCCUACACUGCAGGUGAGAGCGAAAGACAUCAUUCGUGUUGUGAAGGACCGACUGGUUGAAAGGAACAUUCAGGUUAAAGAUGUUCGCCUCAAUGGCAUGACUGCCAGCCACGUCCUCAUAAAAGACAACGGGCUCGGCUACAAAGACUUGGACAUCAUUUUUGGAGUGGAGCUUCCGAGGCAGGAAGACUUCCAAGUUAUUAAGGAGGUGGUGCUGGGCAGCUUACGAGACCUUCUCCCUUCUGGAGUCAACCGACGGAAGAUCACCUGCCUGACAAUGAAGGAAGCCUAUGUACAGAAGAUGGUGAAAGUUUUCAAUGAGCAUGACAGAUGGAGCCUUAUCUCACUUUCUAACAACAGGGCUAAAACCGUAGGGCUUCGAUUUGUUAGUUCCCUUAGAAGACAGUUUGAGUUCAGUGUGGAUUCCUUCCAAAUUAUAUUAGAUCGUAUGCUUGAGUCCUACUGGGAGAAUGAAAGGAAACAAGAAUGGAAGUUGGCACUGAAUGCUGGGCCUUCUUCUAAAGGAGACAACAACAGUGAAAACAAAGGACAAGAGAAACCAAACAUUCCUCAGAAUGCUGAAGAGCAUAUUAAAGAAGAUUCUGCAGUGGGAACCAGCGCAGAAAAUACAUGCCAGGAUGAAACUGUUUCUGUGCUUGAGGAAGAACUUCCACAGGAAGAGGUUGAGCAUGUGGAUGGAAAGCAUGAGGUGCAGCAGGUGCUGGAACCUGAGAACAUAAACUUACAGCAGGAGGAAGAGGAAGUGGAGGGCAUUGAGGAUGUACAUUCAGAGGAGGAAAUUGUGUUUGAGCUGUGUGAAGACAACAAAGAAGAGAAAGGACAGUUUAAAAAUGAUUAUCCUCUAGUUGCAUCACCUAAAACUUUAUUUGCAGAUAUCAAGGAUCCUCUGACGACACAUGCAUGUUUAACGCUACAGAGUAGUGAAGAACUAUGUGAGGCGCAAACUUCCCAGCCUGUAGUAUGUACAGCUAAUACUGAAAAGUCGGCUCCACAGGAUGUAGCUCAUUGUGAAGAAAACUUAAAAGUAGACUCAGUAACCUGCAGGACAGAUUCUACCCCAAACCUACAAGAUUCAAAUCUUGAAUUCUCCUUUCCUCCCCCAGCUAAAAAAUCUUGCAGCACAUCACCGGAUAUUGUGCCAGACUACUGCCCCUCACCGAAACUACAGAGAAAAAUGUCACGGAAGUUGAUUAGUAAACCUGAGAAAUGGUCUUUACUAACUGAUCUGUCAGACCUUACCACACAGCUGUUUCCACCCAUAGAAAUACCAAAACAACUUCAGCCGAAACCUCCCGCGCUGGAUAGUCCUCAGGUUCACAGUUCAAAUACAUCAAGCUCCAAAACGGACAACUCAGAGGGUACAGAUGUCCUUACAGUUCCCACAUACAGUCCAGUCAGGACACCACAGGAUGCGACUUGCUCCAGAGAAACUUUAGAACAAACUGUUAAACCUAAACACCCAAAAGAGCCACCUGAUUCAAAGACUCAAAGCAAUUCAUGUGCAGUAGGUGUAGCCUCACAGCCUCAAGUAGAUGAGCAGAAACUGGAGCUGGCAGACACUGUCCCAAACAGAUGUGAGCCAAGCUCAUGGCUUGGUGAAGCCGGGCAGCCCACCAUCACUGUUGAAGCUGAGUGCAUGUAUGGAGACUUUGAUCAGGCUAUGGAUCACCUUCGAAACCGCCUCAUUGCCACCCACAACCCAGAGGAGAUCAGAGGUGGAGGAUUGCUAAAAUACAGUGACCUGCUGGUGAGGAACUUCCGGCCAGCCAGUGAGACAGAGAUAAAGUCCUUGGAGCGAUACAUGUGCUCCCGUUUCUUCAUCGACUUUCCCGAUGUAAGCGAGCAGCAGAGGAAGAUUGAGGCCUACUUGCAGUGCCAUUUCAUCGGCAGCGAGGAGACGAGCAAAUAUGACUAUUUAAUGACCCUGCGGCGUGUGAUAGAUGAGAGCACGGUGUGUUUGAUGGGACACGAGAGGAGACAGACCCUCAAUAUGAUCACAGUUCUGGCUCUGAGGGUGCUGGGCGAGCAGAACGCCAUCCCCAACACAGCCAACGUUACCUGUUUCUAUCAGCCAGCGCCGUACAUGACAGAGCCCAUUUACAACAGCUACUUCAUCACUCAGGCCCAACCACCGCUCGUCUACCACCCGUACCCGUUACACGUCCACAUGCAGACUGGUCUGGUGUAGCAAUGUUGAUAUGCCAACAGGGAGGCAUGCAGGCUGCUUUCAGCAUGGUGCUCUGCAAGCAGAGGCACAAAUGCAAGUUUUAGCAACAAAAAACAACCACGGGCGCAGUGGUGUUUAAUGUUUUGAAAUCCCUCCUGCUUAUGCGAUGAAAGGUCAGAACUGCAAGGGGUCUGGAAUCAAAGCACGUCACCCUUUCAAGAUGAACACUUUUGAAAAAAGGAAAGAAACGCUAGGAACCCACUUUUCAGAGAGCUUGUGAAGAGGAUCGUAUUGAAUCUGAGGGACUUUAUUUCUGGCAGUUUCAGCUGCGUUUUGGUGGAGCUCUAAACCAAUUAUCAUCCCGUGAUGAGCACAUUGUAGUGUGAUACUUUCUUUAUGGCUAGACAACACAUUUCUCUAACAUACAAAAACACCUGUUGGCAACAGAAAUCCUAGUUUGGGUAAAGUUUGGGUCACAAUAAUUUCUUUAGGGUUAAAACAUAUAGCGUUUUUGUAAAUCAUCAGCCUUCGUAGAGUAAAAUCAAACACGUGGCUAAUAUCUGUGUAUUCACUGUUGAGGAAUAGGACAGCAUUUACUGAGGGAAUACAUUAGACGAACUCUCUUGUGGUAUUUUCAUGAUCUUGUAGCUGAGUUCUGUGUUUGUGAUUGUAAACAAAAUCAUUUUAGAGAGCUCAAAAGUUCAGCGCCAUUAGGGACUGUGUAAACAUUAUUGGGCUGAUAAGGGGGCCUUUGUAGAAACACACAAUAAACUAGACCUUCCACAUCAAAGCCCCUGAAAGCAUGCUUUUCUUCUGUAACUGUAAUUCAUAUUCUUAGAAAAAACAAGAAAACAUCAGGGCUAAUGUUUUGAGAAGACAUAUUAACUAUGAAACAAAAACUCUGAAGCUUGGCUUCAGUUUACACAGUUGGCAUAAAAAAGAAAAAUAAAAAAAAAAGGACCAAUUUGAGUGAAUUAGGACAUCCACACAAUAAAUGAAUAUCAGGCUCCAUAAUGUCUCACAGUUCACAAAAACAAACAGACUGGUUGCAGACUCCCAUAUGUCUCGACCCCAUUAUUGCCGAGUCCACAAUCUCUUAAUGUAACACAGUGAACAUCUUAUCAGGCAAAAAUAUUGUUUCACUGAGGGUCUGAUUUAAUCACAUUUGACUGACAGUAGAAUCUCAAUGGCAGCAAAGCAAACACCGACAGAUUUUGAUUCCAGUGCUGUUAAGUUCAUGUAAAUACAUAACAGCAUCUUUUUCAAACGGAGCACUCCCUACUCUAUGGGAAUAUGAAAGAAGAUACGAUACAGAAACGUCCAAAAUUGUUAAAAUUAGAUUAGAUAAAACUUUAUGAAUCCCUUUAGGAAGAUUCCAUCAGGGAAAUUAAAGAACAAAAUGUAGGACUCUGUGGAUAACCUUGAUUCUGAAAAAGUUUGGAUGCUUUUUUUUUGGAGCUGGGUUUAUGAGACCUCAUCCAUACAAUAAAAGCUAAAAACUAAAAUAUGUUUUCAGAGUCCUUUAAUCUUAUAUUUUCACAUAGAGUAUUUAUAUAUAAAACUAUAUUAACAAUGGUAACAACAAGGAAGGCAGAAUAUUAUUUUCUGAGCCCUCUUCUCACCUAAUAAUUUUUCUACAGUCCCUUGAAAUAUUAAACCAAACCUCUGCUCACGCUCAGUGACAGAUGUUAUGUUCUUAGAAUGUGUUGUUGUGUGUUUUUUAGUGUGUUGGCAAUCAUUAUGACAUAGUGUACAAUUCUGAACUCAGAUCUGUACCAAUGUAAGAUUCAAAUUUACCUGUGUUUUUUGAAGUAAACUCUCCUAUUCCUUGUCAGGGAAACAGGAGGAUUUUCCUUAUGGAUUUGUGACUAAGGGUUUGGCUGUCUUGCUUUUAAUUUUUCGGAGAAAAGCUGAAAAAUGGCAGCAUGUUGAAUCCCCUUUCCCACAGUCGACAGGCUGAAUAGACUUUGUGUUUCUAUAAUGUGUUGACAGCUGUUUGUUGUAGUGGACGACGUAGAUGUACAUCGUGUCGGGGUUGUGCCUGCUAUUGUGUGCAAAAAUGUUACUGCUCAUUUUAAUUAUUUAAGCCGUCUACAGUGCAGCCAGCAGUUAUUGCACUUCUGUCUUUGUGUGUUUGUUCACUGUGUAUGCAUAGUACAUGUACUCAGUAUUAAAAAAAAAAAAAGACAAUUUAAGCACAGGUUAGGAUAUGUGGACUAUUCACACUGAGACUGAAGCACAAUGUAAAUGCACUUAGAUGUUGUCAAGUAAUAAAGGUAUUGGAUAUGCUUGUGAUUCUCCAACUAAGUAUCAAACACAUCUAAAAUACUUGGUAGUGCAUUAUGUAGUGGUUGUAUCUAUCUUUAGACUCUGGGUUUGUUGUGUAUUGUUAAGGAACUGUUAUGCCAGUAGAGAAAUGUCCCUGUUAUGAUAUGUAGUUGUUCAGAUUGUUGUG